ACUCAGUCUGAGAACGAGCUUCAAAGGCUAAACAGCCAUGAUCAACUUAUUCUACCCGAUUCUUAAAUGGCUUUGCUUUUGCUUUAUAGCCGUAAUUGUGACUCUCAAUCUGAUAAAUCAAACGUCGAAUACUCGCUACCGGAAACUAAGGGUUUCGAAACUUACAGUGGAUGAAUCUGAAAUUCCUGUGACUAAUACUUAUACCGCUAAGGAAAAUACGGAAGCAGCUCUGCCCCUUUUCUUUGUGGAGACCGCCAAGUGUAAGAUUCCAUAUGUGAAUCCUUUCGAGGCUGAUGACAUGGCUAGUUUCCAUCCCGAGCAUUUCGAGACCUGCUCCAACGAAUCCGCUUUGGUGACCCCCAUUUAUGACGUCAGCCGUAGGCGGUAUGUGCUGUUCAUCAACAAGACAUUAGCCUCGAUUUUACUGAACUCCAGCGAGGGGGAGUAUAACUGCUAUUAUCAGGAGAUAACACGCGAUCGGCAGCACGACAGCUACGAUAAGGUGGAGCGGAAGUAUUUUACGCAGAACUAUGAGUUGCCGCUUCAUGUUCAGGGAAUGAUUUUGGCCUGCCAUCGCCUGGGCAACGAGUCGGAUGUCCUGCAGAGCGAUGCAUAUACCCUCAUCCAAUACAAGCCACCGCCCAAGGGACUCUCCCUGGAACCGGCCAAACGGAAGCCAAGUGUCCUUAUGUUCGGCAUAGACAGUCUGUCGCGGAUCAACCUACGACGAACCAUGCCAAAGGUUUAUAACUUUCUACAGAGCAGUGGUUGGUACGAGCUGCAAGGCUACAAUAAGGUAGGCGACAACACCUUUCCCAAUCUGAUGGCCAUCUUGACGGGGUACAGUGAGGAUUCGGCCUUGAACAAGGUGUGCGACUGGAAGACGAGAGGCUGCCUGGACGAGACCCCGUUUAUAUGGAAGUUCCUACGCAAUGCCAGCUAUCUGACAGCCUAUGCCGAGGAUGAAUCUAGCAUUAACACAUUUAACUACUUAAAACCCGGUUUUGUAGAACAACCCACCGACUUUUACUUGAGGCCCUUUCAGAAGGCCUUCGAAUCGGGUCUGAACACCUGGAAAUGCCAAGAUUGCACGAUGAAGUACUGCAUUGGCCGGCGGAUCACGAGUAGUUAUGCCUACGACAUGGCCAGAGAUUUUGCCAAGCGCUUCGUGGACGAGCGUCCCAUUUGGGGUUUGUUCUGGUCGAAUAGCUUCAGCCACGACAGCUGGGAAAUGCCCUCGAAAAUGGACGAUUAUGUGCUGCAGUAUCUGCUGGACUUCGAGGCAGAUGGCGUGUUCGAACAGAGUAUAAUGGUAUUCCUCUCGGAUCAUGGAUCUCGGUAUGGCCAUCUCAUGUCACUGCCCAGUGGGUUUCUGGAGGAGCGUCUGCCCUCGAUGUUUAUCUACUUGCCGCCCUGGUUUCGAGCUCAAUAUCCUGAAUAUGCCAGUGCCUUGCAGGGUAAUCAAAACCGACUGACCUCCAACUACGAUCUGCACAACACCCUGAAGCACAUCAUCGAACUGGGUGGCAGUACGGUGCUGCCAAAAUCAGUCGACUGUCCCCAGUGCCAGUCCUUAUUCCUUCCCGUUGCAGAGGCGAGAUCUUGUGAGGAAGCCGGUAUACCGGAUCACUACUGUACCUGCGAGCCCUACAAGAGAAUACAGGCGAAUUGGGCCAAGAGAAUUGCCCCUGGGAUAAUAGGUCGGAUCAACGAGUAUCUGGCCGGCCGGAAUCUCAGUGGCAUUUGCUGGGAACUAACUCUGAGCUAUAUUCACAAGACGGAAAUGAAAAUUGGCCUGGAUCAUAAUUUCCACGGUGAUUUGCCCAUCGCCGAAGUGGCCACCUAUCGCACCAUGUUCAAGGUUAAACAGAACACCGCCGAUUUUCGAGCCACCGUACUCUUCAACAAUGUUACGGGUUCUGUGGAAGUCUCAGUGCCCAGCAUAAGUAGGCUGGAUCGUUAUAAAGAUGUUUCAACUUGUGUCGACGACAAAACCGACAAAAAGUAUUGCAUUUGCAAAAGUGAUUUCAAAGUCUAGUCUCUAUCAAAGUACAAUCUUAUUGAUUUUAUCUACACAUAGUACGAAGAAGAAACCGUGUUGGCUCGGUUAUUUUUGGCAAUUUUGCAAUGUACUUGUUCGUUGGGUCAUGCAUUAUAGUUGAUUAACUUGGAGGGCAUUUCUGUUAAAAACAAAAGGCUUCUUUUAUUAACUAUUUUUACAUAAAACCAAACGCAUAUGUCAAACAAUUUAGU